UCCACAUGGGUUUUAUAAGAACAAGUGCUGGCCAUUUCCUGUGCACUUUUCGCUCUGUGAUUCAUUCCUCUUUCACUUUACGCCUGUGUUUCCUUAGAUUUUUCUUUGUCCACUGCUGGCCAGUUCUAUACCCCAGAUUCUCCUACGACAUCCUCUAAGACCUCGUCAAGACCCAUCAUUUGAACCGCGGAUCAGCCAUCUCUCCGCCUCACCAUCUUUUAAUUACCCAAAACACUCUCUAAUACCCCUCCACCAUGGGUAAAUUCGGAUCCGCCAUCAAGGCCGGCCAGACCGCCAUCGAACUCGGCCAAAACGCCCAGGGCCUCGCCAACGCCGCCUCCCAGUUCCGCGCCGCAGACAAGGCGGAACUGGGCCGCCAAGCUGGCAGUCAUGCUUUCAAUGAAGGCGCCGAAACAGGCAAGACCAUGGGCAAGACGUGGCUCAAGACGUUCGAGGUGGUGCCUCGCCUCGUGUGCCGCAGCCUGCAGUUCCUCUUCGCCCUCAUCGCCUGCGGCUUCUACGGCAACCGCGUCGAUGCAGAUGAUGACGCCAACAGAGGCUUCUCGCCUGAGUGGAUCUUUGCCAUUAUUGUGGCGGGAGCCUCUGCCACCACGGCGAUCCUCUUCCUCGCAGCCACGCCCCUCGGCGCCAUCCCGUACGUCGGGAGCAAGAUCAAGUUCUCCAAGACCUACCGCGUCUUCCCCUGGGACCUGGGCCUCUUCGUAUUGUGGAUCAUUGCCUUUGGAAUUUUCGGCGCCAUCUUUCUCGGUCGCGAUAGCGACAACCCGUACAAGGGCAGCAGCACGAGCCUGAUGAAGGUUGCCGUCUGGAUUGAUUUCGUCAACGCCUUGCUGUGGCUCAUCUCGGGCGUGUACGGCGCCAUCAAGACGUUCCUCGGUGAAAAGGCGGACGAGAUUACGGAUAAAGUGGGCAAAAAGUUGUUUGAGAAGAAGAAGAAGCCCGCGAAGGAGGCUGACUACGCCGAGAGUGUGUAGGGUUUUUUUUUUAUUACUACGGCAUGGAGUUAAUAUAGAACAUCUCUGGUUUGAUACGCAUCUCCUUGGUUUUUAAGGAUGGAGUUAGAUAAUAUGCAUCAUCGGCGUUAGAUAAACUCAUUUCAUUACAUUUUCUCAUGGUUUUUCUUCGCUGUUCUGGAUUGAUCAGCACUUACCCGUCAGUAACCAGACUAAGGAGUAGCAAUGUCUGACCAUUGAUGAG